AUGGUUCUGGACCGAUUGAAGCAGUUGGCCCAGCAGGUCACCAAUAGCGUAUCUCCUCCCCAUCCGUUUGACCCGCUGUCCUCGCUCGAGAUUGAGACUGCUACUUCCCUUGUCCGGGGCGAACAUGGCUCGCUCUUCUACAACGCUGUCACACUUGAUGAACCCAAGAAAGCUGAUAUGCUUGCAUGGCUUGCGGAUCCAGAUCACACCCCUCGUCCACACCGCAUAGCAGAUGUAGUUGCAAUUGGGAGGGGCAGCAAGGUGUUCGACGGGCUCGUUGACCUUGACGAGCGCAAGAUUAUACAAUGGAAGGAAACUCCAGGCGUGCAACCACUGAUCACCAUGGAAGACCUCCAAGUUGUCGAGCAUAUCUGUCGCCAAGACCCCAAAGUAAUUGAGCAGUGUGGCAUCAUUGGCAUCCCCAGCCAGGAUAUGGACAAAGUCUACUGUGAUCCAUGGACCAUUGGAUAUGAUGAGAGAUUUGGAAGUGGCAUUCGCUUGCAGCAGGCGUUGAUGUAUUAUCGUCCACACGUUGAUGACAAUCAAUACGGCUUCCCGCUAGACUUCUGUCCAAUAUUUGAUGCUGACAAGCAAGAGAUCAUCCAUAUCGACGUCCCGAAGGAGAGACGGCCGGUCAACCAAGCGCCUGCUAACAAUUACCAUCCGACCGCCAUAAAAAACUCGGGCGGAUACCGAACUGAUCUCAAGCCUAUCAACAUCACUCAGCCUGAAGGUGUAAGCUUCAAGGUGAACGGCAGAAUCAUAGAAUGGCAGAACUGGUCUGUCCAUGUCGGCUUCAAUUAUCGAGAAGGAAUUGUGUUGAACAAUAUUACGUACUUUGACAAGACAGAGAACAAAGUUCGGCCCAUCUUCUACAGACUAUCACUGGCUGAGAUGGUUGUACCGUACGGCAACCCAGAGCACCCUCACCAUCGGAAGCAUGCCUUCGAUCUCGGCGAGUAUGGUGGUGGAUACAUGACCAACUCGCUUGCCCUUGGUUGUGACUGCAAAGGCUCGAUCCACUAUAUCGACGCAAACUUGGUUAAUCGUGCCGGAGCAGCAACCAUAAUUAAGAAUGCUAUCUGCAUUCAUGAAGAAGAUGCCGGCAUUCUGUUUAAGCACACUGACUUCCGUGACGACUCUGUUGUUGUUACACGCGCCAGAAAGUUGAUCAUCUCCCAUGUCUUCACGGCGGCCAAUUACGAGUACUGCGUGUACUGGAUUUUCCAUCAGGACGGAACGGUCCAGCUCGAGAUUAAGCUUACAGGUAUCUUGAACACGUACCCCAUGAACCCAGGUGAAGAUACCAAGGGCUGGGGUACACAGGUCUAUCCUGGUGUCAAUGCUCAUAAUCAUCAGCAUCUCUUCUGCUUGAGGGUUGAUCCCAACAUCGACGGCCCAAACAAUACAGUUUUUCAAUCCGAUGCUGCACAAGGACCAGGUGAUGUGGGUUCUGUGGAGAACAAAUACGGCAAUGCCUUCUACGCGAAAAGAAAGAGAUAUACCAAUCCUGUUGAGAGCAUGUCAGAUUAUGAUGGACAGAGUACACGCACGUGGGAGAUAUGCAAUGAGGACAAACUGAACCCGUACUCCCACAAGCCAGUAUCGUAUAAACUCGUCAGCAGAGAAGUGCCGAAGCUCCUUCCGAAAGAAGGCGGCCUUGUAUGGAAACGAGCGGGUUUCUCUCGACAUGCCGUCCACGUCACCAAAUAUAACGACAACCAGAUACAUCCUGCAGGCCGCCACGUCCCGCAAACUUCAGGCGAUCCCGCUCGAGGGCUCCCUGAAUGGAUUGCCGCCAACCCAAACGAGAACAUCGCCAAAGCCGAUAUUGUCCUCUGGCACACAUUCGGCAUCGUCCAUUUCCCGAGCCCAGAGGACUUUCCCGUCAUGCCAGCCGAGCCAAUGACGCUGCUGCUCAGGCCUAGGAACUUCUUCACCAGCAACCCGGCAUUAGAUGUACCGCCUAGCUUUGCGAAGACGCCGAGCGAGGUGCUUGCUGGUAAGAGAGGCUACGAUAGCAACAAGGAUAAGGCGAGCGUGCUUGUUUAG